UUCUUUUCGUCGUUGCUGUUCGGCUUCGUUGCUUCGCAGGAGGUGUAGGUCACUUCUUCGGCUCCUUCGUCGUUGUUCGACUACGCUCCUUCACGACUUUUCCUUCCUGUCGGAUCGGAAGUUACGACAUUUUGAUCGGAAGCAACAGCGGGAGCUCGCUGGCUGGGAAGGUUAUCUGAUGUGAAGAGUGAAUAGUUGCUGACAAAAAAAUAGUGCUCUGAAAAUUCUGGAAUUGUGCAAAGAAAAAGGCCUGAAAGUUGAUUUAGCUGUUUGGUAAAGAUGGAUACACCCCUCGCAGCUGCUGUUCAUAAAGAAAAUGUACACAUUGGUGGAGGAAAAGCUACUGUCACAAUGAAACAUGAUAAACUAAAGACUGCUAAGACUGCUGGCAAAGAGCGCAAAGCUUUGGCGGACCUUAGAAGUACUUAUGGACCUGUAGCUGCUGCAUCAAAGGAUGUUGAUUUGAAGCAGAAAUCUGCAAUGAAGGGCAACGAAAUAAAAAAGAAUCCAAUGAGACAGGGAAUGCAGCACGCAGCAGCAGCAGAUGUUUUUACAACUAAGAAACAGUUAGGUACUAGGCUAUCAAAGGGUGCCAAUCUGAAUAGCAAUUCGGUGUUGUUAGACAACUUUGGAAAGGGGAAUACACCCUCUGGCCAUAUAUUGACUGAUGAAGAAAUAAAACAGUGUUGUGAAUGGGCUAAGGAUGGAAUAGAGGAAAUGGGGGGCUAUUCUUGGUCUGCAAAGGAUGAGGCAAAUCUUCUUAUGAAUCAAACUCUAUCAGAGAUUAUGGCAUCAGCUAUUGGUAUAUCAAUCUCGGAGUUGGAAAAACCAAUAUUGAGUGAUGAAGAAGGCUAUGAGACAGAUGGGUCAGAUUUGAACAGUUCCAUAUCAGUUACAGGACGCCUUUCAUCACUUUAUACUCCAGAAGAAUUAGAUGACCCUCUUGGUGUAGCUGGAAUAGUGCUGGAUGAUGACUACCCAUUACCAGAAUUAAAGCUGAAUGAUGACUACGGAGAAUUUAGGAUUGAUAACGUUGCAAUAAUUGAUGGAAUUCAGUCUUUUGGUACUAUCGGUGCUGACAAUAUGAUGUAAUUCAUGUAAGGAGGGGUUACUUCCUGCUUAUUUACUGGUAAUUGCUAACAUUCCUCUUUGAACAAACCUCAGAGGUUAAUUCUCAUCUGCUAAACCUCUUAUUUCUAUAGUUUUGUAUAAGAACUCUUUGUUCAGACCUUUCUAGUGAAGCAUGACUGUUUAUAUA